AUGCUUCUUUCCUUUGAUGUUCAGGCAGCCUCGGAUGAUCUUGCUGAGCAAUUAGCUGCAAAGGCAAUCCUUGAAGCUGAGGACGAGCUGCGAGACAAGGUGCCAGCUGAUCCUACAGAUGAGGCCUCCGAACUCCAAGCGCUUCAGGCGCUGGUGAACAGACUUCAGACCGAGCGGGACUAUCUUGUCCAGAAGGACCGGAGCCAGCAGGCUGAGCUUGAGGAGCUGCGUGAACAGGUCUCGGUGAAGCUUCAAGACGACGUGAUGGAGUCGGAGUGGAAGUCUAGGUGCGAGCGCUUGGAGGUACAGAUCAAAGCUGCAGACGCUGAUAUGGCGAAGCUUCGACUGCAAGUGGCGAAGUCUGGAGAGCUUGACUUUGAUGCCGACAGCAGGGAUAAGAAUGUGGAGGAGCAGGUUCCGAAUCUCAGGUCGCCGCCGGAGGAGGGUGGGCGAUAUGAGGCAGGAGGUCAGCCUUGCAAAGACACGAGCCUGGCACAACCACCGGAGCUUCCAUCAUCGUUGCUCGCACUUGACAGUCCUGGUGUUUAUGUGGUAUCACAGACUGUGGCUCUCACCGUUGGUCCCGAGAAAUCUUCAGCCAAGCUGCAAAACCUCAACGUUGGGACAGCUGUCCAAGUCCUCGAGGUUGUGCACCAGCAGGAAGACAAAAGAGUUCGUGGGAGGGUUGAAGACCCAGCCGGGUGGAUCUCCAUCGUUGGCACGGAGGAUUCCAACCGCUGGGCCUCGAGGGACCUGCAGCGCAGCAACCGCUCCGCAUCUUUGCGAAGCGAGCAGUUGCUGUCACUUCAGAGAGAGCUGAACGCCUUGGAGACGGCCAUGGAGGAAGCCAAAAGUGCUGCCACAAAGGAGGCCCAAAAGAGCAAAGAGGAAGAAGAGAGCUUCAGGGCCGCCGCAGCGGAAGACCUCAGCCGCUGCGAGCAGCAGCUGCGCGAGAAGAGCGAGCGAUGUCGGACUCUGGAGCUUGAGCUCAAGCAGGCAUCGUUGCAGCUGGAUGGGCCUGGCGUUUAUUUGCUCGCCAGCGACGUCGAUGUUUCCGAGGCGCUUGCUCGGAGCUCCCAGAAGCUGGGCCGGCUGCUGGCCGGCGAGGAGGUCCACAUCUUGGAGGUGGUGCACCGUAAAGCAGAAAAGCGAGUCCGAGGUCGGGUAGCAGCCAAGGGCUACAGUGGCUGGAUCUCGCUUAUGGAUAUGUCUGAGGGCUAUCGCUGGGCACACCGGCAGCUGUCAGCCACUAACGAGUGGAUCAGUGGAUUGCUCGAGAAAAGCGCACCCCUGGCUUGCGAGACGGAGCUCCGGGCUCGGUGUGCGGCCCUGGAGGCUGACGGUGAGUCGCGGCUCGGUGUGUUGUCUCGAUGCCAUCGGACAGCCAAUGUCUUUGUCCGACUCUAUCCGACCGCAGAUCUCGACCCACCGUCUAGCCGGCAUAACUCGGCACAGCCAGCGAUCUCAGCCGCGUCCAGCCGCCUUGCUCUCGUGAUGCUAUGUGGUGGACUCGGGCUCGGGGGCGACUCCCCGAAGAAGGGGCUCUCGGACCCCUUCGAGCUAAGGAGGUUGAUCGACGAGUGCACCAGGGACAGGCUCAGGGACCUGGAGCAGCGCUUGGAGACUGUGGAGAAGCGCUUGCACAACGUUGUCUUCAAUGCAAAGGCGGAGUUGGAGGAAGGCUUGCAGAUCCAGGGCGUCACGACGGCAUCGGCACCCGUGCGACUGCCCUUCAGACACGAGCCAUUGGAAAUCUCCACAGCGCCGGACGACGAUCGAGAUGCAGUUCAGCCACUGCCCAAAGAUCGGCAGAACAAUGCUGAGUACCGUUUCGACGCCUGUGUUUGGGACUCCUGCGUCCUUGUGGGUUUGGGAAUCCUGUCUUGGCAAGAGUCGUUGGCAGUUGCUUUUUGUGGGUUGUGGUCUAUUUUGGUAGAGGGCUUCUUCGUCUUGAUUCUUUACGACAACAUGACCGAAACGGUCUUCGAGAGCUCGCUUGCCGAAGAAAUGCGGGACUGGCGCAUUCACUUUGGCCAGAACAUCAACUACAUAGAUGCCAUCACGGGCCAGCCGUUGAUCAUGGGUGUAUGCAGCAUGUCGAACUCCUUAAUGAACGGGAAUGUGCAAGCGGAGAUUUACGAAACAAUGUUCAAGUACGGCAUCCGCGAGACCGGCAACCAAGAUCUCCGCUGGCCCUUGCUUCCUGUCGGAGCAUGGUUAGCUCUUAUCGCCUUGCUAGUUUGGAUCUUCACAGUGCUCAAGGAAAUGAGUUGCGCAUGUGGUUUCGGCAUUGCUUUGGCCUCUUUGCCACGGAGUCCGAGUGUUGCAGACACUGUCUCGAAUCCGGGCCACUUUCUCCAGCUGUCCGUUGUCAGCUUGCAUCGUGUCGUGGUUCUAAUCGUCUUCAACAUGCUUCCCAGAUUGAGCAUCGCCCUAGUCCUCGGCAUAAUUGGAGUCCAUUUUCUGGCAAGCACCACAUCUCUUUCUGAUUUGAUUUUGAACGCGGUGGCCCUGGAAGUAGUUCUUUGCAUCGACGACCUCUUCUUUGCAGUGCUUGUUCCGCGUCGUGUGCACGAGACGAUCAAGUCGUUGAAGCCGAUUCCAGUGAAGCUCUGGCGACCCUGGGUUCUACAAGCACGGCAAGCUUUCAUAUUCACGCUGUCGCUGGCCUGCCUGGUGGGGUCGCAUGUCCUCUGCCUGCAGCCAUUGGUCAACAACAUGCAAGCUACGGCGGAUGCCAUGUGUUCUGGGGUUACCAACUUUACGUACUUCCAAGAUGCAGCGGGACUGGCUUACAUUCUGGACGACAGCCUCGAUGCUUUGCCUAAGAAGUCUGAUGAAGGCUAUGCCUACCGGGCAGUGCUGCAAGCCACUCAGCUACAGGAGGUGCAGCCUCCCGGCUUAGGAGCACAGCUCCUCAAUCGGGAGCUCUUUGGUCUGGCCAUGCAGCUGAAAAGUUUGGGUUUCGAGGAACGCAGCGAGUUUUGGCCUUUGUGCCAAGACUUGGACAGUCCCGUUUAUUCAGGCUUCGGAUUGGUGAACUUGGGCACGGCAGCAAUGGAGAAGCUGCGGGAGUUACUUCCGGAAGCCGCUGCAAUAGAGUCUUUUCAGUCUUGUCCUUCUGUGCAGUCAUUCUGCUUCAAUGGCAGCUUACAUCUCGAGACAUUAUGGCGGUUACGUGCCCUCUGCCCUGUCACCUGUGGAUGCAAUGACCUGAAGUCCGGGAGCUUCAUUGCUAGCCUGCCUUCCUUCGGCUGCCCUUCGGUCUGCCGGACGCUCUUUGACGAGAGUGUAACAGAGCUUGCAACCUGCUCGGAUGCACCGACGAACAGCGAGGCUCUAAAGACCUUCUUACAUGGCCUGCGGCAGCGGAAGGGGAUCAUCUUCCGAAGCAACUCCACGACCUGCGAAGCUUUCGCAACUCCCGUGAACAUUGACGGGACCGAUUUCGAUUUUUGCAUGCAGACGGCAGAGCUUGGCAAAAUGGGGUUCCAGUCAUCUCAGCUGCUUUGUCCAGCGCACCGCGACUCUAUCCUAUUGGAGUUGCCCGGACAUGUUUCCAGGCUGGAGCAAUUGCAGACGGUCGGCGCGAUGAGCGCCUCCCAUGAGCACGGCGGACCAGGACAUCCGACUGGCAUGGAAAACAGUGCCUCUGAGCUUCAGGACCUUCGGGCAAACGUCAUGGUCCUAGAAGCUGGUCGCGACCAGCUGGAGCUGCAGGCCGAGUUGUUGCGAACAAAGUACCAGACCCUGGAGGCGGAGUACGAGGAAUUUGAUUGUCUGCGCCUGGGCCCCGGCGUCGGCAGCUGGCGGGACCUUCAUCCUCAUUUUCACCUUCAUCUCAUUUCGUGCUGUGUGAUUCGGUCGUCUCACACAGCGAGGGCAGGACCCGGACCUUCACGGAUCAUCUCAUUCUGUUUUCGUAUGCCAUUCCUUUGGUCUGGCAUACUUGGCAUCAAAUUCUCAUCUCAUCUUCGUCGGCGUCGUCAUCAACAUCAUUUUGUUUCGUUCAACAACAUCCCGCCCUAA